CCGUUAUUGUGGCACGUUCCUUCUUCCCCUCCCGUGUCUGCUGACAAGUCGACUGAGCUAGCUAGCGACACUAGCCAUUUAAACUUGAUACACUAACUAUUAUGCAUUGAUCGACCCGUGUUGUACAGAUAUUUUCUGUUUCCGCAGUACAUCCAGUAAACCACCAAACAAAAUGAACAUACGAAACGCAAGGCCGGAGGACCUUAUGAAUAUGCAGCACUGUAACCUGCUGUGUCUUCCUGAAAACUACCAGAUGAAAUACUAUUUCUACCACGGAUUGUCCUGGCCUCAGCUCUCAUAUAUUGCAGAGGACGAAAAUGGCAAAAUUGUGGGAUAUGUGUUGGCAAAGAUGGAGGAGGACCCAGAUGAUGUACCCCAUGGUCACAUCACAUCCCUCGCAGUGAAGCGCUCUCACAGACGUCUGGGACUUGCUCAGAAGCUGAUGGAUCAGGCCAGCCGGGCCAUGAUAGAAAACUUUAACGCUAAAUAUGUCUCACUUCAUGUUCGUAAAAGCAACCGAGCGGCGCUGCACCUGUACUCCAAUACGCUUAAAUUCCAGAUUAGUGAGGUUGAGCCUAAAUACUAUGCAGAUGGGGAGGACGCUUACGCCAUGAAGAGAGAUUUGGCCCACAUGGCUGAUGAGGUCCCACAGCUGAGAAAGCCUGGGGCACGUUCGGCCGGCCAGGAGGCGUCGUCUGGUGGCUGUGGUGACCAGGAGAGAGAGAGCGAGAGAGACAGCGGAGGAGAGAGCAAAGAGCUGAGUGAAGUCAGCGAGGCAACGGAAAGCACAGACGUUAAAGAUUCGUCCUCUGAUUCACAAUGACACUGCAGUCCUAGACAUUUUUAAAUUCAUCCUUCACUCCCUCUUUUUAUCUAUUUGACAAUUUUCAUGACAAAUUCUCUGGUUUCUCAAACUGUGACCGCCUGUGCAUCAUAGUUGUUUCCAUCAUUCAUUUUUGCAGUGAUAAAGAAAGAGUCUUGGAUAAUGACAUGAAAUUGGUUGAUAGCUAAAUGACGCUAAAAUCAAUAUUUGAGUUCAAGGUUUUUUUCUGAUUUCUGUUAUUACCACAAAUGAUCCCUAAGUUCUGUGGGAUUUACAUAAUUGAAAACAACUUCUGCUCUUCAGGUAAUUAUUUAACAGAAUUGCUGCAAAUAAAUCUUUCAAAUAAUA